AUGAUCCUGAUCCGACAAGCCAGCCUCAAGUUUGUGCUCGUUACUCGUAGUUACCACAGUGCAGACUGCGACACCGACCAUUCACUUGUCUGUUGCAAGAUCAGGCUACAACCUAAAAUGUUUCACAACUCCAAACAGAAAGGCAAGCCCCGCAUUGAUUCCACCAGCAUGCAUCUUCCAGAGAAAGUAGAAGAGUUUGCCAAGUCUCUCAACAACAUCCUAUCUGAAGAACACCAGCACUACUCCGCCUCUGAGAAAUGGGGCCACCUCAGGGAGGCCAUUCAGAAAACAGCCCUUGCGACUUUUGGGAGGAAAAUCUUCAAAAACAACGACUGGUUUGUUGCAAAGUCCAGCGAGAUGACCCCCGUCAUUGAAGCAAAGCGUGCUGCCCUCGCUGAAUACAAACGCUCCCCAAAUGAGAAGUCCCUGCAAGCACUGAGAACUACAAGAAGCAAAGUGCAACAGACUGCAAGACAUUGUGCCAAUGAAUACUGGCAACAACUCAGUGAAUCCAUCCAGUCUGCAGCUACCUCCGGUAACAUCAGGGUGAUGUACAAUGGCAUCAAGACUGCUCUGGGCCCAACACAGAGCAAAACAGCCCCCCUAAAGACCACCAGUGGGGAAGUUUUCACUGACAAGGACCUCAUCAAGCGCUGUAAAGACACCCUCCUGCAGCCUUUGCAUGAUGUCCUCUGCCAGUGCUGGAAAGAGGGAGCCGUGCCGCAAGACAUGAGAGAUGCCAAGAUUGUCACCCUUUACAAAAAUAAGGGCGACAGGAGUGACUGUAACAAUCACAGGGGCAUCUCCCUCCUGAAUAUCGAGAAAUGCAGGGAACAACUGAAGCCCCUGUACAUAUCCUUCAUUGACCUGACCAAGGCUUUUGACCUGGUUAGCAGAGAAGGGCUCUUCAGCAUCCUACCCAAGAUUGGAUGCCCUCCAAAGCUCCAUAGUCUCAUUAGAUCUUUUCAUGACGACAUGAAGGCAACCAUCCAGUAUGAUGGUAGCAUGUCCAACCCAUUUGACAUUAAGAGCGGAGUCAAGCAAGGUUGCGUCCUUGCUCCUACCCUUUUCGGCAUAUUCUUUGCCCUGCUCAUCAAACAUGCUUUUGGGACUGCAACAGAAGGGGUAUAUCUACGUACCAGAUCUGACGGCCGACUUUUCAACCUAGCCCGUCUUAAAGCAAGGACCAAAGUCCGUGAGACAAUCAUCCGGGACAUGCUCUUUGCUGAUGAUGCCGCCGUCAUUUCGCACAGUGAACAAGAACUCCAGUGCCUUAUGGACAGAUUCUCCCAGGCCUGCAAAGACUUUGGGCUUACCAUCAGCCUAAAAAAGACCAAUGUGCUGAGUCAGGAAGUGGACACUCCACCAGCCAUCACAAUCGAUGAGUACCAACUCAAAGUCGUACACCAAUUUACAUACCUGGGAUCCACCAUCAGUGACAAUCUGUCCCUCGAUGGUGAGAUCAACAAACGUAUCGGCAAGGCUGCCAAAACCCUAGGGCGCCUCACGACUCGCGUCUGGGAGAACCGGAAGCUGACAACUCCUACCAAGAUGGCAGUGUACAACGCCUGCAUUGUCAGCACUCUUCUCUACGGCAGCGAAACAUGGACAACAUACUCCAAACAGGAGCGCAAAAUGAACACCUUCCACAUGCGCUGCCUUCGCCGCAUCCUCGGCAUCCAUUGGAAUGACAAGGUGACGAAUGCCCAGGUCCUCGAACGCGCUGGUCUUCCUACCAUGUUCAUGCUGCUCAGACAACGCAGGCUGCGUUGGCUCGGCCACGUGUGCCGUAUGGAGGAUGGACGUAUCCCAAAAGACAUCCUGUAUGGCGAACUUGCCUCUGGCAAGAGAUCUGUUGGCCGGCCAAAACUGCGCUUCAAAGAUGUCUGCAAGCGGGACAUGAAAGCCCUGGACAUCAACACUGAACAUUGGGAAGAUGCAGCAGCUGACCGCAGCAAAUGGCGCAGUGUCCUUCACAAACAGCUGAAGACUGGCGAGGAAAAGAUCCAUGCCACAGCCAAUGAAAAUAGAACCAAGCGGAAGACACGCACUCCUGCAGUUGCGCCUUCCAGCUACAUCUGCAGUAAAGAGCUGCUGUAUCGUACGAGGGAGGGCGAUGUUGUCAGGAUUAAUGUGGACACAAACGAGACCACUGUUGUGGUGCCAAACCAGAUGUUUGAACGAUCCAAGGCCAGCAGGUACCAAGUGUCACCUGACCUGCAACAUGUGCUCUUUGCCUUCGACAUGAAACCGAUGUACCAGCACUCCUACGUGGCCAAGUACAUCAUUUACAGCCUCAUUACGCAGGAAACAUGGCCGCUCAGUCCUCCCGAAGAAGUGCAUGAGGCCGUCCUGCAGUUUGCUGGUUGGGGACCUAAAGGCCAGCAGCUGAUCUUCAUCUUUGAGAACAACAUCUACUACAGAGCGACAGUAGAAAGUCGCACUAUUCGCCUUGUUUCCAGCGGCAAGGAGGGCGAGGUCUUCAACGGGCUGCCUGAUUGGCUGUAUGAAGAGGAGAUCCUGCAGAGCUACAAGGCCCACUGGUGGUCUCCUGAUGGGCUGCGUCUGGCCUACAUGACCAUUAAUGACACGCUGGUACCAAAGAUGGAAGUGCCCUUUUUCACAGGAACGCCGUACCCCAACACGUUGGAAUACCACUACCCAAAGGCUGGGGAGGAAAACCCUGUUGUACACCUGUCUGUGGUGAGCCUCAACGGUCCUCUGCACACCGUGGUCAUGAAGAAACCUGACGACCCCCGCAUUGGGAGGGAGUAUUACAUCACCAUGGCGAAGUGGGCCACCAGCACCAAACUGGCCGUCAAUUGGCUGAACAGAGCUCAGAACAACUCCAUACUGACGCUAUGUGAGGCAACCACAGGAGUCUGCAUCAAGAAACACGAAGAUGAGAGCACAAGUUGGUUGCACAGACAGAAUGAAGCGCCACUGUUUUCCCAUGAUGGACACAAGUUCUUCUUCACCAGAGCAAUUCCUCAGGGCGGCAGAGGAAAGUUUUUCCACAUUUCUAUGUACACCUUUUUGCCCAACACGAGCACCGACACACUGCAGUCCCUGACCUCAGGGGACUGGGAUGUCACCAACAUCUUGGCCUACAACCACCAAAGGAACCUCAUAUACUUCCUGAGCACAGAGGAUGACCCCAAGCGAAGACACUUGUACAGCACGGACACAAUUCAUCCUUUCAACCGCUGCUGCCUGUCCUGCCACUUCAAGUGCGGCUACGUGGACGUGUCCUUCAGCCAAAACAUGCACUACUUCUUGCUCAGCUGUAAAGGGCCUGACAUUCCCAGUGUGGCCCUCUACAGGACAGAGGACAAACAGAAGUUGUUCGACUUGGAGACAAACGAGCACGUCAACCACACGUACCACAACAUGCAGAUGCCAAGAGUGGAGUACGAGAACGUCACCAUUGACGACUACACCCUCAAAAUGCAGGUUCUGAAGCCAGCUGGUUUUGUGGAGACAGCUCAUUACCCGUUACUGCUGCUGGUCGAUGGGACACCCGGUGGCCAGAUGGAGACAGAGCAGUUCCAGGUGGACUGGGCCAGCGUCCUGGUCAGCAGCUUCGGCACCAUCGUCAUCCGCUUCGACGGCCACGGCAGCGGCUUCCAGGGUACCAACCUCCUCCACAAAGUGAGGGGGAGGCUGGGUAAGCUGGAGGAGAGAGACCAGCUGGAGGCACUGAGGUCCAUAUCCAAAAAACCGUAUAUCGACAAGUCUCGAAUGGGAGUCUAUGGGAAGGCCUAUGGAGGAUACUUAGCCACACUGCUGCUCAGUUCCAUGGACUUUAAUGAGCUUAAGUGUGGAACUGCUGUCUCACCAAUCACAGAUUUUGAACUUUAUGCAUCAGCCUUUUCAGAACGAUACCUGGGCCCAAAAACAGACUCCCGAGCAUACACGUUGGCCAAUUUAGCCCUGAGAGCAGGUCAGCUGAUGCAGAAGCAGUACUUGAUCAUCCACCCCACGGCAGAUGAAAAAGUUCACUUUCAGCACACGGCCAAGUUUAUCAACCAUUUAAUCAGCGAGAAGGCCAAUUACACUCUGCAGAUCUACCCAGAUGAAGGCCACUUCCUGCACGGCGACGACACCCGGCAGCACCUGAGCCGCUCAUUGGUCAACUUCUUCGUGGAGUGUUUCCGGCUACCGGAAGUGCUGAAGGACGAAGAGGAGAAGUUGGACGAGGACGACAGCUAGACCCGCCAUGGGCGACCACGACUAACACACGCAGCACAAUAUGCCACACGCAAACAAAGUGACACUUCUGAACACACUCGGAAGUGCCGAACCUGCAUGUUGUGAUGGGCGUCGGCUUACGUAACUCCCUUCCUCUCAUGUCCUCACUUGCUCCAGAUCAUUGGGACAUGUUGUUGAUGGAGUGCGCCCUCUGGUGGACAUAUGCAGGACAUCCAUGGGAAGGACUAAAACAGCCACUAAGUACACUCACUGGGCAUUUGAUUAGGUACUAUCUCAUAAUAUCCCAUUCAAAAAAGAUAAUGCACAGUUUUGAUUGUUUCUAAUGUGGUGGUUUUGUCAUGAGGCUACCCUGAAAUGUUUAUAUUGUAGUCAUUUUACUAUAGAGUAAAUC